CGCGAUCGCGGAGCCCGAGGAAGGAAAAGGACACACAAACAGAGGUUCGGCGCAUGCGCGGGGGAGGGGGCCUGAGCCGAGACGAGGCUGGCGCAGGCGCAGAGGCGUCGACGGGACCAGACAGACCAGAAGGACGGCGCAGUGAGGAGGACGAAGAGGCGCUUGUCUGUCGCACCCGCCUAAAGCCCCUUCCGCGCAGCACAAGUGCUCCCCGGACUUCCUUGCCAGGCUUCGCCGCCUCCUCCUCCUCCUCCUCGGCCUGUUGGAAGCCCUCCACCCCGAUGGCAGACUCCCGGCGGCCCCUGUUUGCGCACUCCUGGGAGGAGGAGGAGUGCCUGGAGUACUACGGGAUGCUCCCCCUGCACCGCAUGUUCGAAGUGGUGGGGGCCCAGCUGACCCAGAACGACGUGGAGGUGCUCUCCUUCCUGCUGGACGAGACGCAGCCCUGGCGCCACCCGCUGGACCCAGAGCUCUGGGCGGUGGCGGCCGCGGGAGAGGGGGCCGCAGAGACCGCCUCUCGCACCCUCCAGGACUGGAGGAAGAAGCAGCAGCAGCAGGGGGCCCCGGGCCCCAUGGAAGGCGGCCUCGAGAGGGCCGGGGCCGGGGGGUGGCCCAAGGACGGCGUGCGGCUUCUCUUGGAGCUCGAGCGGAGGGGCAAGUGCGACGAGACCAACUUUGUGCAUCUUCUGCAGCUCUUGCGGGUGCUCACCAGGCACGACCUCCUGCCCUACGUCACUCUGAAAAGGCAGCGGACAGUUUCUCCUGAGAGAUACACUUAUGGUCCGUCUGUCCUGUCAUCCGACCAGCAGGUGGACAAUUGCCUCAAUUCAGCCUCUGCAGAGCCUCAGAGCGAUCAGUGGGAGACAGGCUCCAGUUCCAGCAAAAGGAAACGAGUCAGCAGAGGCCGGGCAAAGUCUGCUCCUCCCCGCAGGCGGCGGGGAGCCAAAGGGCCUUCUGCUCCCAAGCAGGAGGUCCAAACGCCAACCAAAGUGACUUGUGACAUCCGGCUCCGUGUUCGUGCCGAAUACUGUGAGCAUGAUUCUGUCUUGCGGCAGAACGUGAUGUCGAACAAGCAGAACCGUUUGGAGCGCCAGUUCGAUGUCUUUGGGCAGUCCAACACCAUCCUCAAGUCCCGUGACCUGGGCUCCAUUAUCUGUGACAUCAAGUUCUCAGAGUUGUCUUACCUGGAUGCCUUCUGGAGCGACUACAUGAAUGGCUCACUGCUGGAGGCCCUGAAGGGUGUCUUCAUCACAGAGUCCCUCAAAGAGGCUGUGGGCCAGGAGGCUAUCCGGCUACUCGUCAACGUCGACGAGGACGACUACGAGGAGGGCCGGCGCCUCUUGCUGGAAAGCGUCAUCCCGCAGGCCUGGUAGUGCCAGCCUGCAGGAAAUGUAGAGGAUUUCACUUUCACUCCCCCGUUUCCACGUGGCUUCUCUGCAUAAGACAUGGACUUGAAGGGGAGGGGAAGGACUUCAAGGAAAGGACUCUUCAUCCCGUUGGGAGGCAGGGCUGGAUCCUGACCACGAUGGGGCUCCUCUCAUAGAAACUAAAGGACGAAAAGGGCUGCAGGGGUGGAGGAGGGUCUCAGGCUGCAUGGGUGUGGGGUGCCCCAGCAGCAGUGCCAGCCAUCCCAAGCUGAAGGGGGCAUCUUGGGGAGACUGUCUUGUCCUGAUGAAGCUUAGAGGGGUCUCAGGCCCCUUGGCAUCGGCCGGUGUGUCCGUGGUGCUUGUUUUUGUGGUGGUGGGUUUUUGCCAGUUCUCUUGCAGAGGUGGGCAGCACUCAUUUGGCAGAGCUGCAGGCUGGUAACAAAGCACUCUGUGUUAACCAUUCCUUUUCUUUAAAAAGGAGAAUAACCUUAUUUCCCUCAGAUCUGAUUUGGGGGCAGGCUUUCUUCCCUUUGUUAGGAAUACAACCAAGGACUGUAAAGGCGGACAUGAGUCACUUUUCAGCUUUGUGGCUCUUUGUAUAUAAUAUAAAUAGGGUUUUAAAAAAGGUGGAGGAUCUGUUAUUGCAGCAUCUGCGGGUAGAGGAAACUACUUAGCUGAAAUGCGGAAGGCCAGAGGCCAGAAGUGUGUAAUUUAAAAAGUCGUAUUUUUUUACAGAAAAAUGAGAGACUUUUGGACAAAAUUCUUUAUGUGUUGUAUUUGCAAAUGGACAAUGUUAAUAAAGAAGACUAUUUGCAGCA